GCGAGCAUAUUGCAACAUGCUCUUUCAUUAAAGCUAAAUGUUAAUUCUUUCUUAGAUACGCUUUUAAAAACAUUUAAAAUAACCAUGUAUUGGCAUGUAUGGUUUUAUGCAUUACUUUUAUGUCGAUUUUGGGAAUUAAUACCAUCCUGUAAUAUUCAGGAGUAUCCUGUUGCUCGGCAGCUGGGGGACAUCAUGAUAGGUGGAAUCUUUCCCAUUCAUGAAAAAUUUUCAUUCCAACCCACAGAUGAUGAUGCAUUCAUUUGUACCGGGUUGGAUGUGCCUCGAAUGGUUGAAGCGCUUGCUAUGAUAUACACAAUUGAACAAAUUAAUAAUUCCACCCUUUUACCAGGAAUUACACUGGGUUAUGAAAUUUAUGAUUCAUGUUCUGAUGCCAUGAAAGCCAUUCAAGCAACAACAAGAUUAAUUCCUGAACUGGUUUCUAUCAAUAAUUUAACUGAUUGUAAUCACACAAUAGUUGCACCCACUGUAAAAGCUGUUGUUGGAGAAAUAUAUUCAGAAAAUUCUAUUGCAAUAUCCAGGAUUCUCAGCUUUCAUUCUGUACCACAGCUGAGUCCUGCAUCAUCCACACCUCUUCUCAGUGACAAGAUUAAGUUUCCUUCAUUUUUACGGACAAUUCCAAAUGAUGAACAUCAAACAAAAGCUAUUGCUAAGCUCCUCCAAGAAUUUAGAUGGAAUUGGGUUGGCAUAAUAUCAAGUGAUGAUGAUUAUGGACGGUCUGUUGUUGAGUAUUUGAAUAUUUAUUUUAAAAAUGAACAAAUAUGCACUUCCUUUUCAAAGGUGAUUCCAUCAAAUAUGAAACAUCCUUCUAUGGAAGCAGAAAUAACCAACACAAUUACUGCACUCAAAACCUCAUCUGCAAAUGUUAUUGUUGUAUUUAUAAAAGGCCCAAUUGUGCAUAAAUUAUUUACGGAAUGCUUGAAAUAUAACAUAUCCAGAACAUGGAUUGCAGGGGAUAUUUGGGUAAACUCACAAGAAGUUUUUAGUAUGGAUAACAUUGACAAACUUGGUACAAUAAUUGGGUUGAAUUUUAAAGAGGUCCGCAUGCCAGGAUUUGUAGAUUAUUCAAAAAACCUCCAGCCGCCUUUAAACAACGCAUUCAAUUUGUUUCUUGAGGAAUAUAAAGAACUUCGAGUCAGUUGUACAAAGGAAUAUAUGGAAUAUCUGGAAUGCAUACAGUCUUCUUCAAAGGAUUGUAUUUUUUCUGACUCUCUAAAACAUAAAUCUCCUUUAGCAUGCAGAGCUGAGAAUGUAUCCUUAGUAAAUGAUGACUAUUUGGUGGAGAAUAGUGAAUGGAGCAUAAUAUACAGCACUUUCCUAGCAGUUACUGCCAUAGCACAAGCUCUCGAUAAUAUUAUGUGUAAAAAUGGAAAAUGUGAAAAGGAUUUUAACUUGUCACAACAUCAGCUACUCAGGGAGCUAAAAGCACAAAAAUAUACAUUUAAUGGCGAGGUGCUCUAUUUUAAUGAAUUUGGUGAUACCUUAACUGGAUAUAAUUUAAUUUACUGGCAAACAACAAAUGGCUCAACAAAAUUUGUGAAUGUUGGAAAAUUUGAUAUUCUCGAUGGUAAAAUAUUGUUAAACAGAAGUAUUCUUAACUGGCAUACGAAAGAGAAAACGGUUCCUUUUUCAAAUUGUUCAAAAUCAUGCGCUCCUGGAUAUUUCAAAAAACAUUCUUUUAUCACCUGUUGUUAUGAUUGUAUAGAAUGUGCAGAAGGAUAUUACACUCCUGAAGCUGAUUUGGAUAAAUGUCUGAAGUGUCCUGUUUCUCAGUGGUCAUAUAAUACAAGCUUUCAGUGUAAUAAUAGAACAAUUGAGUACUUCUACUGGAAUGAUCCAUUUGCACAUUCACUAUUGACUUUUGCUUCAUUGGGUUCUCUUUUAGUGUUAAUAACAGAAACCCUGUUUAUAAAAUAUUCAGAUACACCAGCAGUUAAAGCAGCAGGAGGCAACUAUACUUACCUACUGGGGAUAUCUCUGUUAGUCAGCUUGGUUAGUAUUGUACUCUUUAUUGGUCAGCCAACAAAUAUUAUCUGCAAGAUCAGACAACCUCUCUAUGGUAUCAGCUUCACCCUUUGUGUUUCCUGCAUCUUAGUCAAAUCUUUAAGAAUAAUCUUAGCUUUCGAGUCCUACAAAAGUGGUAAACCUACACCAGCAUUAACAUAUCAGCCUGUGGUUCUUAUUGCUGUGUUAACUGGUCUCCAGUUCUGUCUUUGUAUGGUAUGGAUCAUUCUGAAAGAACCCUUUGUAAUAGAAAUCUACAAAAUACCUGAACUUAUAAUAAUGCAAUGUGAUGAAGGAUCGUAUGCGGCCUUUGGUAUCAUGUUGGGCUACAUUGGUUUCCUUGCACUUGCUUGUUUUAUUUUAGCUUACAGAGGGAGAAAAUUGCCGGAUAAAUACAACGAGGCCAAGAGCAUCACAUUCAGCAUGCUCAUCUACAUGUUUGUAUGGAUUAUAUUUAUUCCAGUCUAUAUGAACACUACUGGAAUGUAUUUGUCUUCAGUGCAGGCUGUGGCCGUAUUGGCGUCAAACUAUGGAGUCAUAUCAUGUCACCUCUUACCAACAAGUUACAUCAUUUUGUUCAAGAGGAAAAGUAACAAUACAGCAAGGUACUUGCAAAGUAUUCAUGCUUUCUGUAGAGCUCAGUUGUCAAUAACAUCUCAUGUACCGGAUUCAGCCAUUAUACCUACUGUAUUUAUUGCAGGUACUAAGGCUAACAAAUUUGCACAGACUAUACAAGGCUGGUCAGUAAGAAAGAGAAGAUGUAACAGUUUGUAGUCAUGUGACAUAUUACACAUAUCUAAUGUUGCAAGUGGGAUUUUAACAUAUUUUAAACUUCAGAAUAUAUUUUCUAAAUAGAAGAACAUAUUAAAUGACCAUAACUUAUAUCAUUCACCCCUUGUGUUAAAUAUGACUACUUAGCCACUAUGCAAUGUUUGUGAAUGUCCAUAUAUUAUACCAAUAUGUGUUAGUGUGUGUGAAUAUAUA